AUGGCUGGUUCCUUUCUUUCAUGCUUUGCCUUGCUCUCUCUCCCUCUCUCUCUCACAGCUUUCUCUCUCUUCGCAGGAGCGAUCCUACCACUCCUCUUCAUUCGUUUUUCUCCGCUGUCCCGCUCCGCGAAACUCUGUUCCGCAUCCGGUAUCCCUUUGCCGAUCAAUUUCUGCAAUCGUAAAGCUCAGCGAUGGCUUGGUCGGGGGAAAACCUUAGGAUCUGGCGCUUCCAAGAAGGCUACGUCACGAAGCAGCAAAGCUGGUCUGCAAUUCCCUGUUGGUCGUAUCGCUCGGUUCUUGAAGGCUGGAAAGUACGCCGAGCGAGUCGGUGCCGGUGCUCCCGUUUAUCUCGCUGCCGUCCUUGAGUAUCUCGCUGCCGAGGUUCUUGAGUUGGCUGGAAAUGCCGCAAGAGAUAAUAAGAAGACCCGUAUUGUGCCUCGCCAUAUUCAAUUGGCGGUUAGGAACGACGAAGAACUCAGUAAGCUUCUGGGAGAUGUGACAAUUGCUAAUGGAGGUGUGAUGCCCAAUAUUCACAAUCUACUACUCCCCAAGAAGACAGGAGGCUCAUCGAAGGGCGCUGGUGCUGAUGAUGACUCUUAAAUUUGAGGCUCGCCAAGCCUUUGUCCUCGAUCUUACGUGAUUCACUAUCUAAUGUAGUUUUUAUUUUGAUUUUUCUUACUUCAAUAUGAGGAUUGAUCCUUUGUGCUCUGUCGACUUAGUUGUAGCUUUAGUUAGGGUUUCUGAUUGUAUUGUGAAUAGAAAUUGUCUUCCUUAUGAUUCCUUCAACGAAGAUAUUGUUGAAAUUUUAAUUAUUUUCCCCCCCUUCCAUUCC